AGGCUGGGAGAGCAAGCCGGAGAGAAGAGAGAGCCCGGCCAGACCCACUGCGAUGAGACAGGUGUGUGUGUGUGUGUGUGUGUGUGUGUGUGUGUGUGUAUACAGCCAUGUGGGGAAAACUACUGCCAUAUGUGUGACCACGUGUGUCAGGGAACUGUGUGUGCAUGAUUUCAUGUGUGUAUCCAUGUGCCUGACAGUGACCAUAUGUGUGUAGGGGACAGUGAGUAUGUGAGGCUGAGUGUGCAGGUCUGUGUAUACAUUGCCCUGUGUGAGCGGCCAUCCCAAGUACAUGUAGGUGAGACGUGCCAUGUCCGUAUUUCUGUAUCUGCGUAUCUUGCUACAAACUUGUGUAUGUCUAUGUUCCCUGGGAGGCAGAGAGAAAGAGGGAGUGAGACCGUGAGCGAAUGAAAGAGACUGAGUGAGAAAGAGAGUUGGAUUUGCCUGUGGCACAUGGGAAUGGAUUUCUGUUUCAUGCGUUCAAUAGCUAUUAAGUUGAACCAAAUGAAAUCGCCGAUACUGAGCCACUCUAAACUUGGAAGAAUAGCAAUUUCAUCUGGUUCAGUAUCAGCUUGACAGUCACCUACUAUUUCUCUUGAAAUCUUCCCUGUGCGUCCCAUUGCCCCAGACUCUCAGUUGGGGCUCUGUGUGUUUGUGGCCACAUGGACAUCCUUUGCUGGUGUUGCUUUUUCCUGCUGAGGGGUGUGUGUCUGCAGGUUCACCCGUGUGGCCGUCGGUGGGGGUCACGGGAUCGCUGUGUUUGGCCUGAGUGGGUGUCUCGGGUCAUCCUGUAGAACACGAGUAAUUUCAUUCUGUGUGUCACUCAUCAUGUGUGAGUUCACGUGUGGGGGAGUGUGUCUACACGUGUGUUCAUCUGUGUUUCUGGAAUCAACUCUCUGGAUCCCCAGCAUGAAUUGAGCCAUCCUUAGGAACUCAGGCAAGGCCAGGUUUGAAGCAAAGGAAGAGAGAAGGGGGAUUCGAGAAGAAAGAAUAAUGUUUAAUGUUGAGAGUUUAAAAGCUGUACCUCAGUUUUGUCCUCUAGAAAUGUAACGAAAACCACAAUAUCUAAUUUAAAAUUUUCUUGUGGCCACAUUUGAAAAAGUAAAAACAAACAGGUGAAAUUAAUUUUAAUAAUAUAUUUUUAUUUAACCCAGUGUGUCAGGGGCCAGCACAUUUUUUUAAAUAAAGGGCCCAAUAUUAAACAUUUGAGGCUUUUGGGGGCCAUCUGGUCUCUUUUGAAAGUACUCAACUUCGAUGUGGUAAAUGUAGAAUCAGCCACAGAUGAUGUAUAAACAAAUGAAUGUGGUUGUAUGCAAAUAAAACUUCCUUUAAGGACACUGAAAUUUGAAUUUCAUAUUUUUCAUGCUCCACAAACUAUUCUUCUUCUUUUGGCUUUCAAAAACCAUCUAAAAACACACACACAAAUUCUUAGCCUGCAGGCUGUAGCAGGUCUUAGCAUGCUGACCCCUGCUACAUAUAAGAUAUGAUCAUUUCAAUAUGUAAUCAAUACAUAAAUGUUAAUGAGCUAUUUUACUUUCUUUUCCCCAGACUUGGGCUUCAAAAUCCAGUGUGUUCAUAGCACUUCUCACUUAGAUGCUACCUUUUCACUGGAAAUACCUAAUCUGUGUUUAGAUUUUAUAAAAUUUACAGUUAUAAAAGGGGCAUCGUAGAUGCAACUUGUUCCAGACAUAUUUAAAAGCUUUCCAAUAACUGAAUCAAGUAAGGGUUUUUAAAUUUAAAUGAAUUAAAAUUAAAUAAAAUUUAAAACUCAGUUCCUCGGUGAUACUGGCUGCAUUUCAAGUACUCGGUAGACACAUGUGGCUGGUGACACCUGUGUUGGACACAAAGAUCUACAUCUUAACGACGCAUUUAAAUAACCCACAGUAAGCCUUGAGGCAAGAACUGGUGGCAUAGGAGGCAGUUUAGCGUAGAGGGGACGCCAGAGCCAGACUGCCUGAGUUUUACUUCUGACUCUGCUUAUUACCUGAGUGACCUUGGGUAAAAGUAUUUGCCUCUCAGUGUCUCAGUUUCCUCAUCUGUAACAGAAGACAGUGAAGGUACCUGCCUUAUAACAUUGUUGUAGAGACCGGGUGCAGUAGCUCAUGCCUAUAAUCCCAGCACUUUAGGGGGCCAAGGCAGGAGGAUCACUCGAGCCUGGGAGUUCGAGACCAACUUGAGCAACACAGCAAGACCCUGUCUCUAUUAUUAUUAUUAUUAUUUCGAGAUGGAGUCUCGCACUGUCACCCAGGCUGAAGUGUAGUGGUGCCAUCUUGGCUCACUGCAACCUCCACCUCAGGGGUUCAAGCAGUUCUCCUGCCUUAGCCUUCUGAGGAGCUGAGACUACAGUCGUGCGCCACCAAGCCUGGCUAAUUUUUGUAUUUUGGUUUCGCCAUGUUAGCCAGGCUAAUCUCGAACUCCUGACCUCAGGUGAUCCACCCGCCUCCGCCUCCCUAAGUGCUGGGAUUACAGGCGUGAGCCACAGUUUCUGGCUCCCUGUCUCAAUUUAAAAAAAAUUCAUAUAUAUAUAUUAAGGUUGUUGUACAGUAGUGUCUGGCACACAGAAAGUACUUUUUCCUCUGAUUCUGGGCUCUUCCAGCAACAUUUACUCGGGCACCUGGCUCUGCUGGGGAGUUGGGCAGUGGAAAAGGAGAACCAGGCUAUGCCUCUGGAAAGUCAGAGAGAAGAGUCCUCCACCAUGGGCUGCUGAUCUUGUGCAAGCCACUCCUUCUGGCCAAUCAGUCCUCAGUUUGGCCACCUGUAUGGUGGCAGAGCACUAUCUGUCCCCCAGGGCUCUCCCGAGGGCUAGAGGUUUAGAGAUUCAAUUCCUAGGGUUCAAAUCCAGGCUCCUCUGCUUUCCAGGGAUGACCUUGGGCAAAUUGCUGAACCUCUGUGUGACUCAGUUGCCUCAUCUGUAGAACGGGGAUAAUAAUAACAGUACCUACCUUACGGCGCUGUUGUAAAGAUUAAAAUAAAUUCAUUCAUCUUAAAGGCUUAGAGCAGGGACUGGUACAUAGCAUUUUGGUUUUUUAGUACGUGUUAUUAUUAUUACUGUCUCAACCCUAAGAAACCUUUGAUUGGAAGAUAAAUCCUCAUUGUAUGUGCCACUAAGAAAGAGGAGGGAAACGCCCUAGUAAUUAAAUUGUGACACUCCAUCGCAUGCAAUCAUCCUCACGGAUUUAAGAGAUUUCAAAACGUGGAAAAAAGUUGUAUUGGAAGAAACAAAAUCACGCUGGGCUUGGUGGCUCAUGCCUGUAUUCAUAGCACUUUGGGAGAAUGGGGCCUAGGUGACAUAGUGAGACCCCUCUUCUAAUUGUUUUUUUUAAUUAGCAAGGCAUUGUGACUCCAGCCUUGUGGUCCUAGCUUCUUGGGAGACUGAGGUGAGAGGAUCGCCAGAGCCUAGGAGUUAGAAGCUGCAGUGAGCUAUGAUGGUGCCACUGCACCCCAGCCUGGGCGACAGAGCAAGACCCUGUCUAUAAAAAUAAAUAACUAAUAAUGAAAAGAAGGAAUCUAAUCAGCAUGAAGCCUAGAUAGCUAUUUGCUCCAAUUGUUUUCGUUAAUGAAAAUAAUUUUGGGGCCCGGUGAGGUAGCUCAUGCCUGUAAUCCCAGCACUUAGGAAGGCCGGGGCAGGCAAGUCACUUGAGCCCAGGGGUUCCAGACCAGCCUAGGUAAUGUAGGGAGACCCCCGGCUCUACCAAAAAUUUAAAAAUUAGCCAGGAGUUGUGGCACACUCUUUGUAGUCCCAGCUACUCGGGAGGCUGAGCCUGAGCUCGGGAAGCUGAGGCUGCAGUGAGCCUAGAUGGCGACACUAGGCUGGAGUGAGACCCUGUCUCAAAAGAAAAAAAAAAAAAAAAAAAACGAAAGGAGAGAGAGAAAGGCAGAGCGAGAGUGAGAGAGAGAGAGCGAGACAGAGAGAGAGAAAGAGAUAAAGAAAGAGAAGGAAGGACGGAGGGAGGGAGAGAGGGAGGGAGGGGACAGAAAGGGAAGGAGGGAAGGAAGGAAAGGAUUUUUAAUCUUCUCUCCGAGGUGGCUCAUGCGCCCGGAACUCAUGCCCCUUCCUUUCCCCUCUCGCUCCCAGCAGGACGCGCCCAAGCCCACUCCUGCAGCCCGCCGCUGCUCCGGCCUGGCCCGGAGGGUGCUGACCAUCGCCUUCGCCCUGCUCAUCCUGGGCCUCAUGACCUGGGCCUACGCCGCCGGGGUGCCGCUGGCCUCCGAUCGCUACGGCCUCCUGGCCUUCGGCCUCUACGGGGCCUUCCUUUCAGCGCACCUGGUGGCGCAGAGCCUCUUCGCGUACCUGGAGCACCGGCGGGUGGCGGCGGCGGCGCGGCGCGCGGCGGCGCGGGGGCCCCUGGAUGCAGCCACCGCGCGCAGUGUGGCGCUGACCAUCUCCGCCUACCAGGAGGACCUCGCGUACCUGCGCCAGUGCCUGGCGUCCGCCCGCGCCCUGCUGUACCCGCGCGCGCGGCUGCGCGUCCUCAUGGUGGUGGAUGGCAACCGCGCCGAGGACCUCUACAUGGUCGACAUGUUCCGCGAGGUCUUCGCUGACGAGGACCCCGCCACGUACGUGUGGGACGGCAACUACCACCAGCCCUGGGAACCCGCGGCGGCGGGCGCGGUGGGCGCCGGAGCCUACCGGGAGGUGGAGGCGGAGGAUCCUGGGCGGCUGGCAGUGGAGGCGCUGGUGAGGACUCGCAGGUGCGUGUGCGUGGCGCAGCGCUGGGGCGGCAAGCGCGAGGUCAUGUACACAGCCUUCAAGGCGCUCGGAGAUUCCGUGGACUACGUGCAGGUCUGUGACUCGGACACAAGGUUGGACCCCAUGGCACUGCUGGAGCUCGUGCGGGUACUGGACGGGGACCCCCGGGUAGGGGCUGUUGGUGGGGACGUGCGGAUCCUUAACCCUCUGGACUCCUGGGUCAGCUUCCUAAGCAGCCUGCGAUACUGGGUAGCCUUCAAUGUGGAGCGGGCUUGUCAGAGCUACUUCCACUGUGUGUCCUGCAUCAGCGGUCCUCUAGGCCUAUAUAGGAAUAACCUCUUGCAGCAGUUUCUUGAGGCCUGGUACAACCAGAAGUUCCUGGGCACCCACUGUACUUUUGGGGAUGACCGGCACCUCACCAACCGCAUGCUCAGCAUGGGUUAUGCUACCAAGUACACCUCCAGGUCCCGCUGCUACUCAGAGACGCCCUCGUCCUUCCUGCGGUGGCUGAGCCAGCAGACACGCUGGUCCAAGUCGUACUUCCGUGAGUGGCUGUACAACGCGCUCUGGUGGCACCGGCACCAUGCGUGGAUGACCUACGAGGCGGUGGUCUCCGGCCUGUUCCCCUUCUUCGUGGCGGCCACUGUGCUGCGUCUGUUCUACGCGGGCCGCCCUUGGGCGCUGCUGUGGGUGCUGCUAUGCGUGCAGGGCGUGGCACUGGCCAAGGCGGCCUUCGCGGCCUGGCUGCGGGGCUGCCUGCGCAUGGUGCUUCUGUCGCUCUACGCGCCCCUCUACAUGUGUGGCCUCCUGCCUGCCAAGUUCCUGGCGCUAGUCACCAUGAACCAGAGUGGCUGGGGCACCUCGGGCCGGCGGAAGCUGGCCGCUAACUACGUCCCUCUGCUGCCCCUGGCGCUCUGGGCGCUGCUGCUGCUUGGGGGCCUGGUCCGCAGCGUGGCACACGAGGCCAGGGCCGACUGGAGCCGCCCUUCCCGCGCAGCCGAGGCCUACCACUUGGCCGCGGGGGCCGGCGCCUACGUGGGCUACUGGGUAGUCAUGUUGACGCUGUACUGGGUGGGCGUGCGGAGGCUUUGCCGGCGGCGGACCGGGGGCUACCGCGUCCAGGUGUGAGUCCAGCCACGCGGAUGCCGCCUAAAGGGUCUUCAGGGGAGGCCAGAGGAGACCUGCUGGGCCCUGAGCCACGAACUUGCUGGGUGGUUCUCUGGGCCUCAGUUUCCCUCCUCUGCAAAACGAGGGGGUCAGCCCAAGAUUCUUCAGUCUGGACUAUAUUGGGACUGGGACUUCUGGGUCCCCAGGGAGGGUAUUUAUUGGUCAGGGUGUGGGAUUUGAGGAGUGGAGGGGAAAGGGUCCUGCUUUCUCCUCGUUCUUAUUUAAUCUCCAUUUGUACUGUGUGAUCAGGAUGUAAUAAAGAAUUUUAUUUAUUUUC